AUGAGAGAAUUCGCCGUAGCGAUUGCUGCGAACGGGCCGUACCGCGGUGCGUAUGUACUGCUGCCGGUGUGGAAGGCAGCGCGCGUCCACGGCUCGGAAUUCACGGCGACCUUCCUCAUCGUCGGUGGCACCGUGGACACCGGUUUCCUCCCUACGCCCGGCCAGUUACCGCCGGACGUCACCAACCAGAUAGGCGUCGGCUUCUUUGCUAAUCCCUCUUUGAACGGCGGAGACAAUAAUCCUCGGUUAAACGUAUUCUACACGCCCGAUGGUGGCAAGAGCCAGUGCUACAACUUGCAGUGCGGAGGGUUCAUUCAGACAAACAAGGACAUCGCCCUCGGAGCUAGCAUCGUCAAUGGUGCAUCUGAUGUAAACGAUCAUGUACCAUACGUGCUAGUCAGUAUAGCAAAGGACGCCGCAGGGCCUUGGCACGUGCUGGUAAACGACACGGACCUGGGCUACUACCCUCGGCCGAUCUUCCCAUGGUUGUUUCCGGAGGCGGUGGCGAACGUGGUGGGUGGCGCGGUGCUCAACACCUGGCCCGGCGGCAAGCACACCGACACCGUCAUGGGCAACGGACGCCGCCCCCCCGGCGAUGACAGAACUGCUGUCGUUAAGGGCUACAUUGCCAUCAAUGCCGCCGGAGCUCAGGUGGUUGACCAACUCACCCUUGGCGUCCACACCGCACCCAGCUGCUACGACUUCACCGUACUUGACUACAGCGAAGACAUGCCGGGCAUCACUGUUGCGUUCGGCGGGUCUGGUGGACCGGACUGUAGUCCGCGACCUGCAUAGCUAAGAGGUUGAUUGAAUCUAAGAGGCACUCCAGCUCAAUAAGCAAUAAGAGGGUAGAGUAGGGCCAGCCAUUUCUUUUGAACUUAUACUUAUGCAAAAGUAUGCUUAUCGAUUUCAUUUGGGGCAAUCUAUCAGCAACAGUUUUCCCUAUUAUUUCUGGCUUA